AUGGCAGAGACGUCUCCGAGCCAUUUUUCGACAGCAGCCAGACAGACUUGCUCAUGGGUGCAGGAGCUCCGCUUCAGCGAGCUGUCCUUUCCGAUGUACACCGUAUCUGCGAAAAUUCUUCUAGAGAUGAGAGAAGUUCGAGCUCAUGAGCAGUUGAAACUCGACGGGGUGCUGACCGAAUACGAACAGAGUCUGGGCAGAGCGAUGUUCGUGUCGCACCAGUGGCUUUCGGAUCACCAUCCGGACCCUUGCGCAGAGCAAUUCAAGGUGCUGCAAGACGCGUUGACAAAUAUGCUCUCCGGGAGAAGUGAAGUUCAAGUCCCACCUGUCAUGGAGAUCCAGUAUGGCCGCAUGAAAACUCCUACAUCAGCCGGCAUGACUUCGAAACCUUUGUUUGUUUGGUACGAUUAUUUUUCGUGUCCACAGGGCAGUGACUUCGCAUCUGCACACUCUCGGCAAUGUGCGAUCGACACAAUUGUAUCUUAUGUGGCACGAUGCGAGUACUUCGUGAUACUUUGCCCUGCAGUGACCCAUGCAGACCAAACCGUGCUGGGGGAGGAUGUCUGGGCGACCAGGGGCUGGUGCAGGCUCGAGCGGCUCGCAAGAGAACUUGCAGAACGCGACGAUGGCUUCGUGAUUGUGGUGCACAGUGCGUUUCACCAAAGCCUAAUCUUCAAUACAAGCCGGCACCUAGAUGCUCCUGGUGCGGGACAUUUCACUUGGGAAACCGACCGGUGUCGGAUUGUGGGCGUCAUUGUGCAGAUGAUUUGGAAGAAGUUGCACUAUUUCCUAGAGCAGGGUGACUUCCACAACUAUCGGUUUUUGCUGAACACGCAAAGUCCUUGUUGCCUCAGGGACCUAGAUGCACUCCCUGUUGAAGGCCUGGUGCCGGGUUUUGUGCCACGAAGUGACCCCUUCAAGGACGAAGAGACUUUUGUGGUGGAGUGGUUCCUGCACGAGAACGGUUUCCAGUCAGUUCAGGAGCGGGACUCUGCAGGCUGGACCCCCAUCUGUUACGCUGUCAUGGCCGGUAAUCCAGGCCUGGUGCAGGCCUUGCUAAAGCAGAGAGCCGACUGUAACGACCGGAUCUUGCGCCACAAGCCCGACAUCGGCUUUUGCAAGAACACGCCUGUUUUGGCCUUGGCUGCCCACUUCGGAAACAACGAGACUCUCCGAGUGCUCCUGAGAUCCCGGGCCGACGUGCAUGCCCGUGCUAGCCACAGAGGCAUCGCCUUGCACUCGGCCUCUUUCGCAGAUAACGUCGAAGGUGUGAGACUCCUCUGUAGUGCAAAAUCCGACCCCGGGAAGAGGGUGUUGCCUGGUUUGGAUGCCUUUGAGCUGGCCUGCUCUGCAGGAUCCUGGAGAGUUAUAGGCGACCUUCAACCCGAAAGAAGCAUCCCGAAGCACUCCCUACACUUUGCCUUGAUGAUCAGUGGGGGUUCAGCGGCCUGCAUAUCCAUUUUGAUCCAAGCAAGAGCAGACGUUAAUGAGCAGCUCCGACUUGAGCAGCCUAUGUGGCGGAUCGUGUUUACGGCUCUGAGCAUCCGGCAUCGGCUCAGUCCCUCUGCUUUGACGACUCUGGCCUAUCAACACCUUGGAGCGACUCCCCUCAUGUUCAGUGUCCUGACCGGCAACUUCAAGGCCACCGCCCAACUCCUCGAGGCCCAAGCUGAUGUGGAGAUGCGGAAUGCGCGGGGAAAGACUGCCGUCCACUUCGCUCGACAGGCGCAGGCCCCAGCAUCUCUGAUUGAUGCCCUAGAGGGCUGGGCGGUGCCGGCAGCCUUCGGGGACGGAAGCACCAAAGUUCCCCUCUCUGCCUCAGCAGGGGAGGACCACUAUUUGUUUUGGUGGGGUCUGGUGGAGGGCAUCAUCUCCAGCGGCAGCGCGCAGCGGAGGGCUUUUCGGGCUCUAGCCCGAGACGAGAAACUAAACACGUGGGAGCUUCGUAACGAUUCCAGAUCUGCCUAUGGUGCCGUGAUCGCGAGCCGUGGCUGCGAAGGCUCGGUGAUGACGAUGGACCUUUCAUCGCAGUUUCCGGUAAACCUCACAGAGUUCUAUGCGAUCGAGGCCCUCGUCGGACAAGGUGCCUUCAGCACCGUCUGGAGGGCUCGUCAUCGGACCUCCGGCCAGCUCCGUGCGGUGAAGAAGAUCGAUGCCUCGCUGCUUUCCCCCAGGGAGAUCGCGAACGAGUUGUGUGUGAAAUCCCCAUGCGGUGCUGAUGAUCCUUCGGGAGAAGUCGACGUGGUAGGCAUGCGGUUGCCGCUACACCUGGCAUGGUUUAUCAUCUGCGGUGUUCGUGGGGAGCGCCCAGCUGCUGCCCGCUCCGCUCUGCAACCUGUGCGUCUCCAUGAACCCCCAGGCGAGGCGAGGCCCGCAGCUCGCCCGGGGCCCGCCGCCGUGGUCCGGGCCGAGCCCAUCCUGGGCUCCCAGACUUGGCCUCUGGUCAGCGGAGACAGGUGCGGCCCAAGGAACGCGUACGCAUGCGGCGCAGGCCGAUGUUGCUGCAGGUUCGGCUGCAGUUAUGAUGUCGAGAAGGACAGCUGCACGGCCUGUCACGAUGACGAUCCUGAUGUCGCUACCUUUCACAUCCAAUCUUCUCAUCUCUGGAAAGGGAGAGCCCAGGGGAAUUGCACGAAAGACCACAGUCAUGUUUGUAGACGUUCCUGCUGCUGCAAUGCGGAGUAUCUCUGGAGCUUGGAGAAGCGAGAGUGCCAGCACGUCACUGUCGUCCAGGAGCAGCAAGAAGAAGCGCCCCAGAUUCCCGUUCCUCGAGAAGAUCCCAUUCCAGGAUCCCAGACUUGGGGCACAAGCGACACUUGCGAAAGCAGGAAUGCAUACCUCUGCAAUGACGGACGACACUGCUGUUGCCGGAUGGGCUGCACCUACGAUGUCGAGUACGACGAAUGCCGCGGCUGCAGUGAUAGCAACCCUGACGUGGCCAACUUUCACAUCCCGGCAUCCCAUCUGUGGCAGUCCCGCAUGGAGGAGAACAUGUGCACAGCGUCGCACAGCCAUCUGUGUGGUAAGUCUUGCUGCUGCAAUGCCGAGUGGCGGUGGGAUCUGGACAAGAGGGAAUGUGUGAAAGCCACAGCCUUGCAGACUCUGAGGACUGCGCGGGCGUUGAGACAGAAGCCCCCCGAGCCGGCACCGAUCCCUGGCUCUCAGAUUUGGGAAUCCUGCCAGGAUCGGCAUGCUUACUCCUGCGGCAAAAACCACUGCUGCUGCAUGUUUGGGUGCGCUUACGACGUGGAAGAAGAUGCCUGCACCGGUUGCAAAGCCAACGACCCUCUGGUGGAAGUCUUCCACAUCCCGGCAUCUCAUCGCUGGCCGGAGAGGAAGCAGGAGGAAGCUAACUGUGCUGAUCCCUUCUCAUGCGGCCGCUGCGAUGCCAAGCUAAGCCAUCCCUGUGGAUGGUCGUGUUGUUGCGAUGCUGGCCACGUUUGGGACCUGGAACAGCGAAGGUGUGUCACCUACCAUCAAACGGAAUCUUGGCACCUCAGUCUUGGAGUGUUGACCAGUUUGUGGUCCACGAUCUCCGUUUUGGAUUGA